AUGUGGGGAGUAAAACUACCCGCAGGAACCCCCAUUGUCACCGCGGUCUUUGGAAUCCAACACGACCCUUCCAGGGACAACUCUGGCCUCAUAAACAUCUUUGACAGCCUGAUAGUCAACCAGCCCGCCCGCAUUGAAAACCUCGAACAGGACAACCCCGUCCCAACCCGCGUCUGGCUCACAUAUUGGCCCUCCACCGCCGCGUAUCAGAAAUGGUGGACCAGUGAGCCUGUCGCCUCGUUCUGGGGCUCCCUCCCUGACGACGCCGGCGUGUACCGCGAUAUUCUCACUGUGCCGCCUGGCAAGACGCAACAUGGAACGAGCAUCACAGACCGUCCAUCUGGCAUGGCACCCUUGGGUAAAUUCGAGUCAAUUCUUGAUAAAUCGGGGUACUGGGGGUGCUACUAUGAUCGGAUGAGUGAGGUCAAUAAGAGGGAGAGUAAACUCCCCACUCCAGUCACCAAGAAGCCGACCAGGACACAUCCAUUGUCUAUUACGCCCAGCAGCAGCAACAGCAGCAAUCUGCCCAUCCGCAGAGGAAGAAUCCAACUUCCCACUCUACCGGAUAACAUAGCAUUUGUAGUCGAGGGUCAAGACCACGGUCUUAUCCUCCCGGAGGAAAAAGAGCACUGGCUCGAGAACUUCGACCAGCUAACAACAAAUUGGAUAUGCGAUCUAGUCGAAGCCGGCCCAGAAAAGGGGAUUUUGGAUUCGAGAUUAUGCUACCGCCCCGACAGUGGGACGUACAAGGACGCCGAUCCCCAGCCGCGGGAGUUGAGCUUCAACGACAAGGUACAGCUGUUCUAUUUCUUGGAUAUGGAGGCAAUGCAAAAAUUCGGGAGGGAGAAUGCAGGGCAUGUUAAGCUGCGACGCGAGUUCGCGCAGAGUUAUGGGCCGAAGGGUGUGAUGACUGAAUUGCCUGGGCAGUUGCGCUUGUGGGUUGAGACGAGCAUCUUGAAGGGGAAAGAUAUGCAGUUGCCCGACACAAACCCACGCAGCGUGGUUGUCACCAGCGCGAGGGACGAGACCCGCUUUUACCCUAGCAUCCAUGGGUCAAAUCUUGUGUACCAAACCGAGCAUACGUCUAAAGAGGCUGUGGAAGCAUUUGGGAAUGCUGCCAAGAAGGCGACAAAGUCAUCCUUGACGUUUCUGAAGGAUGUUGGCAAAGACAUUUUCAAGCUCGCAGCCAACCGCCCAAGACCAAGCGAUGAUACCGAGGAUGACAGUGCCAGCAACAAUAACAACACCUCGAAAAAUGCAUAA